GCGGGGAGGAGCGGGUGAUGCUGAGAGCGCGGAGGGGUCGUGAUGCUCAGUGAUGUUGGUCUGAUAUAUUUAUUAUAUCUGUGUGAUUUAUUUAUUCGGAUCAGUUUAAUCUAAAAUAAGAGGAUUUUACUGAAUAUCAGUCUGUGCUGAUCUGCUGAACUCUGGUCGGUGAUCUCGCGCGUGUGAUGGCCACCAGCGCUAAGAGACCGUCUCUCGGAGCCGCGGCUCCCCGAAAGAAAACCAGCCCUAAACCCGAACUGACCGAGGAGAUGAAGCAGGAGAUCCGAGAAGCUUUCGAGCUGUUUGAUACUGAUGGUUCCGGUCACAUCGAGGUGAAAGAGCUAAAGGUGGCCAUGAGAGCUCUCGGGUUCGAGCCCAAAAAGGAGGAAAUAAAGAAAAUGAUUGCAGAUGUGGAUAAAGACGGAACCGGCAAGAUCUCCUUCAACGACUUUCUCACAAUCAUGACCCAGAAAAUGGCUGAAAAAGAUUCAAAAGAGGAAAUUCUAAAGGCCUUCAGACUGUUUGAUGACGAUGAAACUGGAAAGAUAUCGUUCCGUAACUUAAAGCGAGUCGCAAAAGAGCUCGGAGAGAACCUCACCGACGAGGAGCUUCAGGAGAUGAUUGAUGAAGCAGAUCGGGACGGUGAUGGAGAAGUGAACCAGCAGGAAUUUCUCCGGAUCAUGAAGAAGACUUGUUUGUACUGAACGGGUGGAAAAUUGCAUUAUGGGGUCCAUUUAAAUUAGCAGAACUUUAAUACUUAAAUAAUUAACAAAAUGAGACGUUUAGAAACUUUAUUAAAAGAUUAAAAACAUUAAUCCAGAGUUUAUUCUAGAAGUUAAGAUAAUUUAGGUGUGAUAAAUAACAAUGUCUUUGUAAAGAUGAUAUAAUCUGAUAUCUGUAGAUCAGUGAUAUCUCUAAAACUCCUCCUGAAGAUCCACUUCAACACCAGUUUAGUUUAGUUCCAACCUGCAUUAAACAGUACCGUAUCUGAGCCAGCCAAUCCAGAACCAGGAUUAUCUGUAGAAGACCAAUUAUCUGCUGUAGAAUAUGGUUAAGAAUAUGUUGGAACAAGGAGCUCCAGGAAUUAGGGUUAGGUAAACACUGAUAAUCGAUUCUACUAUUCUAUUUAUUAUUCUACGUAAUUCUCCCAUCAUUAUACAGUACAGGCCAAAAGUUUGGACUCUGCUUCUCUUUUUCAGUGCAUUUUCUUUAUUCUUUAUUUUCAUGAUUAUUUCCAUUGUAGAUUCUCACUGAAGCAUCAAAACUAUGAAUGAACACAUGUGGAGUUUUAUGUACUUAAUAAAAAAUGAUCUGAACCUCCACAGUCACCGGACCUGAACCCAAUCCAGAUGGUUUGGGGUGAGCUGGAGCACAGAGUGAAGAAGACAAAGGAGCAACAAGUGCUAAUAAACACCUCUGGGAACUCCUUCCUUCCUUCAAGACUGUUGGAAAACUUUUCAUUUCAGGUGGCCACCUCUUAAAUGAAGCUCAUUGAGAGAAUGAUGCCAAGAGUGUGCAAAGCAGUAAUCAGAGCAAAGGGGGGCUAUUUUGAAGAAACUAGAUUAUAAAACAUGUUUUUUUUUUCAGCUAUUUUACCUUUUUUUAUUAAGUACAUAAAACUCCACAUGUGUUCAUUCAUAGUUUUGAUGCUUCAGUGAGAAUCUACAAUGUAAAUAAUCAUGAAAAUAAAGAAAACACACUGAAAAAGAGAAGCUGUGUUUAAACUGUAUAACAGAUACAGAUUAGGUAAAGGACCGUCUCCUCUUGUAGCUUCUGUUUGUUUGAGUUCAGCGUUUCUUUCCGCAGUGCCUAGAAUGGCCUCUGGUGGUAAAUGGUAGGUUUUGACCUCAGCGUCGGCCCUUUCUGAGGGUUUUCUCUGUAACUGUACGCAGAUAUUUAGCCUGGCUGUGCUGCUUGCUGCUCCUCUGGCCGUAUCUUCAGGGAGUUCUUCAGUGUGUGAUUAACGUGUGCUGAUCUCGUCGUGUGCCUGAGCUUUUGGAAAAGGGAAUCGUAACUCCACAGCAGUUCUGUAAAGUGUUCUUGUGGUCGUAUUUUUCCACUUUGUACGGAAUGUCUCCUGUUUAUACUCUUUCGCUGGUAUUAAGUGUUUUGUACAGAACAAACCCAGUAUGACUUACUGUUUAAAGCAUAAAAAAAUAGGAGCAGUU